GAAGGGCGUGAAGGUGUUGGGCAGCCGUCUGCUGGGGUGCACAUGGCCGUGCGCCCUAGAGCGGCCAGCAUUCGGCCAGUACUCGCCGCUGCUUGGGAACGCAACAGGCGGCGCGGCGGUCUUCCAGCCCUACAGUCUCAAGUCGUGCCUGAACGUGAAUGUGAACCUAACGUGCGGCGCGGGUUCGCGGUUCAACACGAGCUUUCAGCAGCUCACCUCCAUCAGCGUCAACUGCAGCGAUAACAAAUUCUUCUACAAUUCAGCUCCUGUUUCAUAUCAGAACCCAAUCCCCAGCUGUCUGUACGACUGUGAAUGGAAAUUUGGCCCCCUGCUGCUGAACCGAGACCUGAUGAGCGCAAACUUCUCGGCGUCUGGCUACUUCACUAACGACACGUUGGCGACGAGUGGCUCCGUGGCAUUAAGUUGUGCUCCCGGCCUCCACUUCCUCCUGAACGGCAGCCACACGCCGACCGCCACACUGAACUGCCAGCGACCCGUCCAGGCGUGGCCCAUCUAUACAGCGUCCUCCACCUCCAGCUUCUACUACGCCAGCGCCUCGGUAAACGAGACCUGGCAUCCGGACGGCUGCCACUGGGACUGCUUGGUGAACCUCAGUGAGCUGUUCACGGGCGAGGCGCCCUCGAACGUCACCAUCACGGGACCAGGCACCUACGACAACGUCACCAAGAACCUCUACUUGGGUCAGAACUCGAGCGCGGUGCUGACGUGCUUGCCAGGGACGGUGGUCGUGACCGCCACGGGCAACACGGCACGCAUCGCGCUUCUGUGUGAUGCCAACGCGCUGACGCUACAAGGGGUUGCCAACACCACCAGCGUCGUGGGACCUGUCUCUUAUACACAUCUNUCGGGAUCUAACAUAGUUGCUACAACCACUUCGGGGUCUAACACAGUUGCCACAACCACUUCGGUAUCUAACACAGUUGCUACAACCACUUCGGGAUCUAACACAGUUGCUACAACCACUUCGAGAUCUACCACAGUUGCUACAACCACUUCGGGAUCUAACACAGUUGCUACAACCACUUCAGGAUCAUCUACCACAGUUGCUACAACCACUUCGGUACAGCCAUCAGCGGAGGGACCUCCCACUACCCUUACGACCACGUCCGGACCCAGUGCCGUUGGAUCAAGCACACCGAGCUCUACGCCAACUACAUCUCCAACAAGUUACAGUGAAACUACAACUUCGAGCGACCUCUGCAACGCCCAAACUGCAGUUGUCAGCGCUGACGUGUUGAACUCGACGAGUUCACUGUACACGCGCGUCAACACGACAGUGAGCAAUGACACCCAAACGCUACUGACGUACUUAGCGUUCAUGUCAGCCCGUCAGCUGACUGACGCUGUCAGCUGCGACCAAAUGGACAGCUCCGACAUCACAGCCGCUUCCAACUACCUGCAAGCCGCGCUAUCGCAACUCAACGCCCACAUCCUCUCCUCCAUCAACCAGACCCUGAACGCCACCUCCAGCGAGCUGGUAGAGUUGGUUGCGAUGGUGCAGUACCAGCUGUCAGACCUGCGGCAGGCGAUUGUCGCGGCGGAGCAGAAUUGGACGGCUGCCGCGGCUCAAGAUCUCGAUGCCACCAUUGACGCCCAGGCCCGCCUGCUGGACCAGCUCCAGAUCAGAGGUGAGUUGCGGUGCAGGAAACGUUCCCGAAUCAUGACUGUUACUGGAUAUUGUACAUGAAUCAUAUUGUAUAUGUAUUAAUAAUCGAAAUUUUAAAUCCCAUGAUUGACGAGAUUCAAUCGUGUUUUACUGGAAAUUUUGCAUGACAGAAUGGUUAUUACGAUGGGAGUUACCUCACCAGCCAUCUGACAUUGAAGCAAUCUUGUGUUGGUAAGGCUGAAACAGCUGAGCAUCGACAGUUGCCUUGUGGGGGCUUUUAUCGAGAGGGUUUCUUCUAUUUUACUUGCCUUCACAUUUUUCAUUUAGAAAAAUUGUUGGGGAGUAAAUGGAGGGAUCAAAAAGUACCUCUUGAUAUGAUGCCAAGUUGACUUGAGUUAGGAACUCCUGAAAUUAACUCCAAAGAUUGUUUGAAUGUUUUUCCUUAAGAUUUGAAGGCAAUUCCUGUUAGCUGUCCUGUUGGACUUGAGGCGGAAUAUCAGCCUUAGUAAUAAAGAAUUCAUAGCUUUUAUUUCACUGCCGCUUAUUGCCUCACGAAAAUAACGAGCUUGAAGAUCUUAAUUGAUUUUACUGUUGAUUCCCAAACUCACAUUUACCAAAAAGUAAGGUUGUCCUUGUUAUACUCAUUGUAAUGGAACUCCUACGAUUGAGGAUUCCAUCAUUUAAAAAGAAGGCUGGUGAAUGCCCUACCCGGUUUUAUUGCUUAACAGGGACUUAUUCUGUAACACGGACGGUCAGAAGUCUGUAAAUUGUACGAUAUACAAAUAGAAUAUCUAUUAUACUAUGUAGCUGAUUGUUCGCGCAUUUAAUUUCUUUCUAUUAAAUACCAUGGAUUGUUAUUCUUUAUAUAAUUAUUACAUUCUAUUUUUAAUCAUUUAAUUGUCUUUAUUUACCGUGAACCAUCAAGUCGCCGGCAUACCUGCAGUAUGAAGCCUGUGACGUUAACACUUUCUUUGCUCGCAGUAAAUUGAGUGCAGAGCUCAGAGGUGAAGGCAACCUGCCAAUACGGUUAAUAGCGACUGCUUUAUAUAAUUACCUUCCUUCAGUCCAGAAGUUUCAGCGGUUCAACAGUGUUUUACUAAUAAAACUUCUUCAUUUAUUUCUC